UUCCGCGCAUGCUCUGCAUUCCGCCGAAUCCACUUUUCCCAUCUUCUGAAGGAGGGAUCUUAAGGUAAGUGCCCUGUGAGGACCCCCACAACCCACAAAUUCGGACUGAAAGACUGAAUUGUAGUCAAUCUUCUUUACUGGGGAAUGAAAACGAUGUGUUUAAUUUCUCGUGGGUCUCCUUUACUCAUUUAGUUACUCUAUAGUUUAUGCCUAGCAUAGAGUCUGCGAGCGCAUUUUUAAGAAGAAAAGGCUUCCUUUGAAAUUAUUGCAUUUUGUUCGAAAGAGUCAAGGGUACGUAAGAAAAAUUUGUAUUAGUAGGAGAUAUGCGUUUUCUGAUUGAAGAACUUUUGAGGAUGUAUUAAAGCUCAGAGCAAAUUUCAAUAAUAGACGUGUUUCGUUUCCAAUGUAAAGAAUUGAUAUUUCAGUACUACUACUUACCACAUAGUUACGAUUGGACCAUAUUUGUUAACUUGUACCCUGCUUGAUGUUCUUUAAAUUGUCAGUUAGCGUAAUUAUGUAAGUUCUCUGAUUCCAUAAAAAUUAUUGGCAUUGAUUUUGGGUCUACUCAGCAUUUUUAUAAAAUCUAUCAGCAGUUCGAGGUUGGCUUAAAAGUAAUCGACAAAUUGUUUGUCGAGUUCACAAUACAGAUUGAUGCAGUAGAUCGACCAAAAACAUUUAGCAACUGUACCUAUUUAAUCUACAGCUUAAUUGAUUCGAUCUUAUAAAAAUGUCUAUAUGGGUUUGAAUAAUGAUAAAAUGGACACAACGUUGUAAGCUACUAGACAUAUAAUAUAAUAACGAUAAUUGCAUUCCAUAUGUAUGCACAUUGUAUAGAUAUACUUGUAUAUAUAGAUAUAUACAUAGUACCUCUAUCUCAAAUAAAAGUAGAUAUCAUCGUCAGACUAAUACGACUGGAUAAUCAUCGCCACGACCUCAAAAAAAUUACUCAGUUUUUUCUUUUUAUUGCCGCCUACAUUUUCGUGAAAGGUCUUACACGACUAAUAUCAGUGAUAGGUGCGACAAGUUUUCCUCUUGUAUCGUCAAGAUGUUCACUCGCCAAUUGCGUGAUGCUGAUCCCAGCAAAGUUGCGAAAAUCUCAGAUCCUGGGGCGCCUAGUUACCGAAUGGGCGAUUAUGGUUACGGUAAACAGGGAGUUCGUGUGUUUCAACUGAAGAAGGAUGGACCCAUACACAGCGUCACCGAAUUCAAAAUAAACUCACAUAUGCGUUUGUGCACACACAAAGAAUAUUAUGCAGCGGACAAUACGGAUAUCAUCGGCAGUGAUGUGCAAGAGAAUACCAUUUAUGUGCAUGCUCAAAGACAUGGUCUGCAUACACCUGAAGAAUUUGCGCUCACGCUUACGCAACAUUUCUUAGAGACAUAUGAGCAAGUCGAAGAGUCGAAUUUGAUCGUAGAAGAAUUGGCGUGGGAUCGUUUUGGUGAACAAGAGCGCCAGGGCUACUAUAAGGGCAAACAACAUAAUCACGCCUUCAUGAGAAAUUCGAAUGGCACGCAUGGCUGUGAAGUUGUGCGAACCAGACAGGGCUCACCACUUUUGAUAGGCACUUUUUAUGGUUUGCGCAUUGUAAAGACCGCUCGUGCACCGUUUACCGGCUAUGUGAAGGGCGAUAUGUUCUCCGAAGGCGAUAUGGAUGAUCGUAUUUUGUGUACGGAUAUAAAUGCGCGUUGGCAGUACUCCAAAGUAGUUGAUAUUGAUUUCAAGACACAUUGGUUGAAAGUACGUGACUUGAUAUUGCAUUCGUUUGCUGGUGAUCCAGAGAAAGGUGUAAUUAUCACUAGUGUCCAGUAUGCGGCGUAUGUUGCAGAACGUGCUGUGCUUGAUGCAAUGCCCGAGAUUUGUAGCAUUUCGAUAAGCCUUCCAAAUUAUAAACAUUUUCCCUUCGAUUUCUCACGUUUUCCGCCGAUCGAGCCGAAAGCUAAUGUCAUCAUUGCUAAUCCAGCGGACACGCCAUUAGGUUUGGGAUAUGCGCAAUUAGACCGUUUGGAAAAAUGAAAAAAAAUUCAAAAACUUAAUUAACAUCGAUGAAUUUAAUGGAAUUUAUAUAAAGUACUUAUAUAUGUAUAAAAUUUAUGUAUAAUUUGAAUUGAAUUAUAUGUUAUAGAGGAUGGCUAACCAUUUG